AUGCCCCAGGCCCCCAGCUCCGGGUCCACCUGCAUGCAGCCUUGCCCAGUUUCACCAGCUCUGCCAGCUCUGCCAGUUCUUCCUUUUCCCUUGUCUUCACAGAAGCAAGUGAAAAGUUCAGUCCUAGGCGACUGGCGUCUUACGACCGGACUUUGUCUUAGAAGGCUUUCAAAGAGGAACAUUUUUUAUUCUCGGGAAGACAGCAUGGGAGGAUGGCAUUCCAAACCUGAACCCAACAAUGACAUACAAAGUGCCAGCACAGCAGCCCCAACCAUUGCCUCUGCACCCUACUUCCUGGAAUACACCAAGAUACAGCAUUUGGUCUUAGCCUUUAUCGCGGGGGUCCUACUGACGCUGCUGCUGGUGGUCCUUAUCUUCUUCAUCAGAAAGAGCUACAGGAAAUGUCACCGCAGCCCCUGGGCCCUGAAUCCUCCCUUAGACCCUCCCUCCAGCCGAGAUCCUCCGGCCAAGCUUUCAUCCCCGGAGGAAGCACUUACCUAUGCGAGCGUAGCUUUCAAAAUCUCAGAAGAAAAGAGUGAUCAUCUGACCAAGAAACAUUCUGCACCCUUGGAGCCAGUUGUCUAUGCUCCAAUCAAAGUGACGGACUCCCCCUGCCUUUCCAAUGAGGCUUGAUGCCAGUCCCUCUUAUUCUUGGCUCCAUCUUUAUAUAUCACUUUCCCUUAGGACAAAUUCUGGACCACAGUGUGGCCAAACUAGUUGGAGCUGUUUGGGUGGGAUCUGGAAAUGUUAGCCAGCAGUUGUGAAGACUGAGGGGUAGUCCUUCUCUUGGCCUGAGAAGAGACUGCCGGCCCUCCUGCUUGGACGGACAGCCUGCUAGCCCUUUGAGGGCUGAGACAGCCUAACUGGUCCCCUUCCAAAGUGUGUGGGUACAGAGCCCAGCGCACAGUGUUCACUCGGUUCCACUGACCAGCUUGGAAGAAGUCAGCCAAAGGGGCAAGUUAGCAAGAUUUACAAAUAAAUGCAACCGCUCUUGCAAUGCUGGCCCCUCCUGCAUCAUUUACUUGUCUGGUCCUGUCAUGCCCAGAGAUCUGGAACUCCUCCACAGCCAGAAGCCUAACAGAGGUGACAGUACUCCAGAACAAGCUCAGGAUUGAUCAGGGCCCAGGUCUCAAGCUCAGC